AGACAGCCUCCUGAGCCAGAUCACAGGUUCAAGAUGAUUUCGUCAUUAUGCCUGUUGGGGACACUUUGUUGCCUCGUGCUCCCAGGCCUUCUGGAUGCCAAAUCCUUGCUGAAUGUCAUCCAGCAGGAAGCAGAGAUGGUCCCUGUGAGCAUCAACUCAGAGAAAGCCAACAACUUCCUGUCUCACACCAGACCGAAGCGUAACGCCGACCCCAGGUGGUACCGAGGAAACCCGGACUUCCAGGCGUACUACAGAUACUACAGCAGCAUCGGACACACCGAGGGGCUCUACGAGAUCGACAAGCUGAGGAUGCUCUACCAGCAGAUGCGCUACCUGGAGCAGGCCUACGGCCCGAACGCCUCCUAUUUCCAGAGCAAACUGGGCGUGCCGAUGAUCAUGUGCGACCCGACCACAGACAAAAGGUGCAAAGUUGCUCCUCCUCCUUCGAUGAAAGGAGUGCCCAAGGCCAUGGAUCCUCCAGCAACUCCUCCUCCUCUUCCUCCUGCCCCAUCCAUCUCCCAGGCGGACGUGCUCUUCCUGUGUAACAGCAGGGACCCCCUCUGCAAGCCGCACAUCGUCUACCUGCCCAGCGGUGCCGUGCCCGUGCUCUGCGACCCUCGCUACCACCCCCAUUGCACCCCGCAGAAGGCACCACCCCCGCCCCCUGUAGAAGCUUUCAAAGGUCCUCUACCAAAGAAAUCCCCCCUGCCUCCUCCAAGCCUGGUCACGAAGUCUGCCCCGGCCCCCGUCCGCACCUUCAAGAGCAUGGAGUACGACUGCGACCCCUACUGGGACCCCGACUGCCUGAUCGACCACCCGCCCAGACCCAUGAAGGGAAAGGUUGUAGUCCCACCACCUCCUCCUCCUCCUCUAGAGGAGGAUGAAGAGGAGGAGGAGGAACCUGUGGAGGAGCCAGCACCUCCUGCACCCAUGAAGAAACUAAAAAUGUACCCUCAUUCCUACUACUACCCUCACGUCUACGACCCCAGGGAUGAGCUGUACGACCCGGUCCGCUACCAGUACCCCCAGCCAGGCGCCGGAGACGAGCCUGCAGAGGGGAGCAAAUGACCGCGAGGAGUCUGAGGGAGAGCGUCUAUUUAAACAAAUGUAAAGUUGACUGAAAACGUCCAUCCAGGCUGCAUAAAGUCACCGUGAUGAAAAAUGUCUGAGUGCAUGAAUGAGCUGUUGUGAAUAAAAAUCUGUCACCGUGUUAAAAAAAAAAAAAACUAACUUCAGUCGAUACGAUUUAUUGAUUUAUGAGACAAUAAAAUGAGUGAAAUCA